UUAAAUACCUGGAAGAAUAGUUCCUGGUCAAAUAUCAAGUAGUUUACAGUUUACAGUUCGAGUGGACUUACUGCCUUACAUGUUUAGAAUAAAUUCAGACAUGUGUAGUUGGUGAACAUAGAGGCCGGGUGUCAUAUAUAGAACACAUGGAGGAGGAGUUAUAAUAAAGCGUUAUAACGGAAGCGUCCUUCAGCCGCGGGUUCUGGUCCGAUGACAGAUCCUUCCCACGGUAACACAGCGGACAUGGCCGCGUCCACCGGAGGAUCAUCCACCGCGGGCAUCCAGGGGUUCCCCAUCAUAACCGGCAGGCCCCCGGAGGAAAGCACCGGUAAGGACACGGAGCAGACCGGAGAACCGAAGAAAAAGCCGUGCAGGGCUUGUACCGACUUCAAGUCGUGGAUGAAGGUCCAGAAAACGCCACAGACCCCAGCAGCAGCGCCACAGGAGGCCCCAGCUGAGCAUGUGGAGCCCCAGCGGCAGCCGGAGUGUCCGCUGGACAGGGAAGAGUUAGGGCGUAACACCUGGUCCUUCCUGCACACCAUGGCAGCGUACUACCCUGACCGGCCCUCCCCCAGACAGCAGACAGACAUGGGACAGUUCAUCAACCUCUUCUCUAAGGUCUUCCCCUGCGAGGAGUGUGCUGAGGACCUGCGGACAAGGUCAGGGGUUUUAGAGGUUAUGUGUGUCGCGUCGGCUGGUGUUGAGAGAGUUGUAUAAUUGGUUCUAGUGGGUUAAAGGUCACGGAUGACUGGCAGUAGAUACAGGUCCACUUCCUGCCCAACUAGAUACCCAGGAGUAGCAUUGCAUCAAAUCAAUGGCUGGUGUUGAGAGAGUUGUAUAAUUGGUUCUAGUGGGUUAAAGGUCACGGAUGACUGGCAGUAGAUACAGGUCCACUUCCUGCCCAACUAGAUACCCAGGAGUAGCAUUGCAUCAAAUCG